AUGUUUAAAGGAUUCAAAAUUUCAUCAAAAAAAGACACUCAUAAAAAAGGUCUAUUAACAUCAGAUAUUUCUGGGCCAACUACAAUCAACCAUACACAUAGUGGUUCUGGAUACAUCCAUAAUUCAAAUGACACACAUCUAAGAAAUGUUAGCGCGGUUUCGGCAAGGAAUACUUCGUCAUCAUCAUUAACAAAACAUUUACCAUUGAAUGGAACUGGUAGUGCCACUAAUCAUAAUACCAACUGCGUUGCCUCUAUAAACAGCAGCAACACAAAUUACAGUGGUAAUUCAAGUAAUACAAGCAGUAAUAACAAUAAUAAUUUACCUAGUCUAUAUGCUAUUGUAUUGUAUGAUUUUACAGCCGAAAAGUCAGACGAAUUAACAUGCCAUACUGGAGAAAAUUUAUUUAUUUGUGCACAUCAUAACCAUGAAUGGUUUGUAGCUAAGCCUAUUGGCAGAUUGGGUGGGCCUGGCCUAGUGCCUGUUUCCUUUGUCAGCAUUAUAGAUAUUUCUACUGGAUAUGCCACUGGAAAUAAUGUUAGAUAUGAUAUAGAUAACACUGGUUUGCCUACUGUCAAAGAAUGGAAAGAAAGCAUUGCAAGAUAUAAAGCAAGUAAUAUAGCCUUAGGUACUAUCGAACAACAACACAAGCAAAAACCUCAGAACAGAUUGGAAAUUAACAGUACUGGAAUUAAUAUCAAUAAUUACCAUUAUGAAAGAGAUAAUAAUAGUAUAGGUAAAAACCUUGUCCCUUCAGAUGAUGGAACUAGUUCAUUUAUUAUCAAUAAUUAUAACGAUGAUGAUAAUGCCCACAGCAAUAGCACAGAUGAGUUUGAAUUUGGAAAUGAAAUUUUUGUUUUAGAUGCUGCUAUUGAAUCGUACUCCUUGGAAACAAGUGAUAAUAAAUAUUGGUUUAAUUUAGCUUGUGUUUUAUCAGAUGGACAUGUGAGGAGUUUAAAAAGGUACUAUGAAGAUUUUUAUGAUUUACAAGUUAGUGUAUUGGAUGCUUUCCCAGCUGAGUCGGGUAAAAGUGCUAAUGGUAAAAACACAACUAAAAAACAACAAAGAAUUAUUCCAUAUAUUCCAGGUCCGGUUCCCUUUGUUACUGAGACCAUAACCAUGAAGCGUAAAGAAGAUUUAAACCUGUAUGUUAAAGAUUUAAUAAACUUGCCCCCAUACAUAUCCAGAUGUGAAAUUGUUUUGAAAUUGUUCGAGGUUAAGCAAAAUAGAUUUGACAAAGAGUUUAUUGAUAAUGAUAAUACUGUCAAAGUGAAUAACAUAAAAAGUGAAAGAUCUAAGGAUAUUUUGGCGGAAAAGCAAAAAAUAAAACAGCAAGAGCAAGAACACAUAUUGGUAACCAAUAGCGGUAAUACUGAUAAUAACAAUUAUGAUGUCAAUUAUAACAAUAAUGAAUCUACAUUGACUGGCAAAGAUAUUUCUGAACAACUACAAAAUUUAACCAUACAAGCUAAUGAUAAACCUAAAAAAGUCAAGUUUUACUAUAAAGAGGAUAUUUUUGCUUUAUUAUUAAAGAGUGAAACAAAUUUUGAUGAAUUAGCAGAAAAAGUUCGCAGUAGAGUUGAUUCAGAUGAUUUCAAAUUAUAUGUUAAGAUCGGUGAUAAUCAAAAGGGGGAAGAAAUCACUUCAGAAACACAUAUACGAGAAGUAAUUGAGGGUAAACUGAAGAUUCUAGUGAUUGAUACAUGA